AUGGAUUAUGAUUUCUGGCGGCAGGAUUCAGAGCUAUCUAAGGCAUUGUGUGCAGCACGGCCAGGAUUUGUCGCUAAGGGCUCGUCGUUCUCUCAGCCUCGGCAAAACUACCAUUUACCUUCGCCUCCAGGGGAUCGCCCAACUCAGCAUCACCUUAUGUAUGGGGGAGACUCGACGAGAAAUGAGGGUCAUUCUCGCCUGAUCCAUGACAAUCAAACAGAAUCGCACGAAUCUUCCUCGGCGGAUCGCACGAUAUAUUAUGAUUUCUGGCGGCAGGAUUCGGAGUUAUCCAAGGCAUUGUGUGCGGAUGAGCUGGAAUUUGUCGAUGAUAACCCGUCGUCCUCUCAGCCUCAACAGGAUUACCACUUGACUUGGCCUCCAGGGUAUUUCCCAAUCAUGGUUACUCAGCGUCACCUUAUGUAUGGCGGAGGCUGGGCGAGAAACGAUCAAGUGUCCGCCCUUUCAGGGUUUUCUCAAAGUAGUAGUCUCUUUUCAAGUGAUUUGAUGCACUCGUUUCUCGAGAACGAUCAGCACUAUGCUCAGAAUGCUACUGGACAUAACGCCUCUUUCAACCAUUCCCCCUCUCCUUUCUCCGACGCUUCAUUUGUUAACAGUGGGGGGUCUUCUGGAGACGUUUUCGAAUCAAUCCCUAUUAAGGGUCACCCUCACCCGAUCCGUGGCAUCAAAUCAGAGUUGCACGCAUCUAACCUCUUGUUGCUCUGCGAGUGGAAUGAUGGUCAAGGUCCAUGCAACAAGAUCCUAAAUGAAGGAGAGAUCGCUCACCAUGUGUCGUCAUCCCAUCUUCCACCGCCUGGUCGCACCCGUAUGAAAUGUCAAUGGGAAGGAUGUACAUUCCAAAACCUCUUGCGCCGAGACACAGUCAUUCGCCACAUACGUCAAAUUCACCUCGAGAUCAAACCCCGACGCCGGACAAGGUCACUUCGAGACAUGUAUGGCUAG